GUCUAAUCGUGUGAUAUGGCAACCGUAUAAGUCGCUUAUAUACAAACAUAAUACGAAAAGUUUCAGCUUGUUCACCUAAAUGAUGAAAUGACACACAUUUUAGUGAACCCAGGAUAUUCACUUAAACACGUCCGAGCCAGGACGGUUGACGAUGAUCUCACCGGACAAAAGUACAAUCAACGCAAGUUGACCGAGAUAGAAAUGAAGAACAUCCGCAGCGAGUCGCGUCUCACAUGGCUGGCAGCAUGGGAAGAUCCUGGCAAACCUGCUGUUAAGAGUGUUCACGACUGGCAUUCGACAUAUUCACGACAGCAUGACUUUAAACAACUCGAUAGACCUACCAAAUCUCGACCAACAUCGCCAACAAGACGAAAUAAUCCACAUCCACCUGGGGUGUUUUUACGCUUGCGUGUUUCCAAAGAAAAAGGAUAUCCUUCAGUACAUCCAAAACCUCCACAGAACCCUUAUGAAGAAAAAUAUGUAUAUGAUAGUGCGCCUGUACCAGACGGCACUAUGUAUUACAGUCUGAAGGACAUCCAACGUUUGAAAAGAGAUGGGCACACAGAGGUUCUAAGGAAAGCCUUAAGGCCAAACAAAGAGUCUAAUUUUAACAGCUUUGGAGUACCUGAACAUGGAAGAGACUUUAGCCCAAGUUCGUCUAGAAGAAACGGUAAUCACAUCGCUAAGAUGACGCCUGAUCAUCCUAGUAAGCCUGCUUUUGUCCCCUCGCUUCAUCGCUGGCUUAAAUGCGCCGGAGUAGAAGAGCGAGAAAAAAUGAAUAACGCCAGGAGAAACGCGUGGUUGCAAGACUCCAAGUUCAAAACUGUUGAUCCUAACCGUUACCUUCUAAGGACAUACGAUUCCACGCCUCAAGUUAAGAUUCAUCGCCCAUACCGAAAAGAGUUCGGUAUUCACCCAGAGCUUUGGACAAAUUGAGCCGACAGAACCAUAAAAGUUCAGUGCAUGUUCAUAUUUUGCUGACAGCGAAUCGAGUUAAAUUGUACUAUAUAAGUUAGAAUAACCCGAUGUGCAUAUAAGGUGUAGACGAUAAGUACUCGGAGUCAUUAGGAUAAAAUCCCAUGCAAGUAAUCGUUCUUUAUUUGACUUUGCCUGUGGCCACGCGAAUAGAAUAUGCCAGUCUGUUGAACGAACAAUUUUCUCUCGGUUUUUUUAAACUUUAUUUAUUGCAGGGGUAAAUCGUCAGUAAAAAAUAAAAUGUCUACACCGAUGACUGCGAUAUCUGGUUUACGCGUAGGUGCAUGCAGCAACCUUUUUUAUCUCUAUAUAGUUUUAAUCAUAAGCAUGGACGUUUGCAUAUUCAGUACAAGUAGUGAAAAGGUGCUAAAAAGGCGCUGAAAAAUUAGCAAAACAUUGGCCUUUAUUAAUUGAUAUAGUUUUUAUAGUUUUCCCGGUAGUCAACUGCACGAGUGAUUUUUUAUUAUAUUUUAUUUAUUAUACUAAUAAAAUGUCAAGU